UUUAUAAAAAAAAAAUGAAAACUAUUUAAAACCUUGGAAUUUAAAAAUGUUUCUUCCGGAUAUAAAUAGUUACACCUGACAUCAAAAAAUAAUUAAAUUAUUCAUGAAACGACUUGCUGGCAAAUGAUGACAAGCGAUCCAUUACUGAAAAACAAAAAAACCAAAUUAAUUCGUUAAGCAUUCCACAAAACCUUUCGUUGAUGUUUACUGUCAAAUCAAAAUUAAUUAAUCUUUAUAAGUUCUGCUAUUACUUUGUAGUUGAACACUUAGAUAUACAGUGCUAAUUUAGCACCUGAUAUUCAAUAAAAUUACCAAACCCAAUAUUAUUCCGUGCUUCCAUAGCAAAUAAGUGAUAAACUAAUAAUUAAAAUUUUAAUAUUACCAGUCAAUUUAAAUUUCACAUGAUCAAGCGUUGCACGACACUCAAGAUAUUUACAGCGCUUUUUACUAUACACAUCUUGGUUACUGAAACGCUUGACCAUUUGUGCAAGCCAUUUCUGACAGCGUCUACGUAAACAAACUUCGUGUAAGAGCCAGAAGAACAAAAGAACUGUUGCUUUUACGGAUUUUUUACAAUAAUGUCCAAACAAUUUGUUGGUUUCUCUGACGAUGACAUCUUCAAGAUCACACGACAAACAAGCAGCAAAGAAAAGGCAAAGGAACUGUCGCGACCACAUAGCAGACACCCCAAAGCACCGCCAGGCGCGGUGAAAUUUGUUCCGCCGCCUACCAUCGUAGAUAAUGGCAACCUUAGCACAGUCAGUUGUGUCGACUCCAGCAUUUACCCACAGCACCCUAUUCAACAAGCCGUCGCUUUUAAACCAUUGCCUCAAAUGAUAAAUGCUCCGGAGGAUGAAUCAAUCCUAGUGCUUCCAAAUCAGCCAGUGAAAAGUCGGUCAUUCGAACCAACUGUUGCUAGCACUAUGCUAGGCGCCACCGGCAUGCGGACCAAUGUAAAUGAGGUGCUAACUCCCUUCAAAGGUAUGUCGCUCAAGGAUUUUGAACAGCAGCGAAAACUGAUGGAAGAACAGAACAGACAGAAGCGGGAUAUUCUCCAUAAAGCUAUUGAGCAACAUGCUCAGAAAACAGCAGCGGAGGCGAACAAAAUCCAGGAGAUAAAAUCAGAACUAACCAGACUGGACUCCGAGCUGGCAUCGGAUGUGGCGAUUUUACGAAAACAAAUUGAUGCGGCAAGUCUACACUUUUCAAACAUUGAGAAAAAUUAUCUCACUAUAGAAAAUCUAUUUCUGAAAGCUAAGGUGGAGCUUCAUCAAGCGCUGGAGAAGAAAGAAAUGCUUACCGAACAUUUGUGUGCAAUCAUUUCCCACAACGAGGAACGAAAAGCAAGGCGUUUAUCCGAGCUGAUGGAAAAGAAGAGAAGAUAUUAUCGUUGAUAGGAAAGGAAGAAAUUCGGGCAAAUUACACAGCAGUAUAUCGCAUGCUAGGCGUGCAUUCAAUCGAGCUAUUCGCUGCAAUCCCUCUGGUCGUCAAUCGUGCGAAAAGAAAACACUGAUAUCGAUGUUUAUUAACGUAUCCUAGAGACGGACAGAAAACUGGAACGUGCAAUCAUCGCAAUGCAGAAAAUCUUAGCGAAUGAGCGAAAGCAAAAUUGAAAGUGAACCACUCCAGCUACAUAUCCCCUCUCUAAUGCUGUUUGAUGCGGCAGGGAAGCGUCUGUAGGAAUUGGCAAAAUGCACCUAAUGAGCGACUGAUGACGGGCUGCUACGGGAAUCGGUCUAGGCCCGGCCAGUUUGAGCUACUUUGGCGAAUUGUUGUAACUCUUUCUCGAGCAUCGCUACCAUUACGGGACCAGCAGAUCGGACCUGGACCAGUCGUGUACGGGCAGGUAAGUAGUAGAGCAUUACUUGUACUACCAGUUUUGCCACCGACAAAUCACCUCCGCUCAACCGGGGGUGACAUGCGACGCCGACAUCAUUAAAACUGCAUUCGAUCGAGAAUGAGAGUUGCUGUGAGCGUCUGUAUUAUCUGCGUGUAAGUUUGAUAGUUGAAAUGAGGAUCGAGGAAGCGGUUCGAUGAGUGAUUUAUUGCGUAAAGUUUUUACGACUAGAUGUAUGCAAUUGUCGUUGUUUUGGUGCUGUUUUCAUAAAACUCUUAUCAUAAAUCAUUUUUC